AUGGAUUAUCAGGACUAAACUUUUAACAAUGAUCGUAGUUUUUCAGUCCUUAAAAAACCAGUGCUAGAAUAUUAAAGAAAUACCUAUAAUGAGCAAGAAAACAUAGGGAAUUAGUUUUAAGAGACAGAAAGUAAUCUGAACACAUUUGAAAAUGAUGACUCUUAGGGACCAGAAUAGUUUUAAAACUCAUAGUAGAACCCAUACUCUAAUAGCAGUGCCCAACCACUUUAGUCAAAGGGAAAUAGAUCAAAGUAAACCAGAAAAAACAGCAAGAUUAUUCCACUAAGAGAUAUAUCAAAUGCUACUGAUCCUGAUAAGUAUGAAAUUAAUAUCUUGAAUGAUCUGAUCUAUCCUAUUGAUACUGAUAGUCUAAGCUAGAAAAUGAAUUAAAGACAAAGUAAGUUAAGAGAUCCUGAUCAGUUAUUCUAAGCUGAAAUGAGUUCGAGCCCGAAAGCAGAGCCUAGAUAGUCUUAUACCUAAAAAACUGGAAAAUAAUUAGAGAGUUAGGUUUUAGAAUCACGUUCAUCUGAAUUGAGUAAAGGUGAUAAAAGGAAAUAAUUAGUUUUAUCAAUAUUAAAUGUUACUCUAGAAACCUAUAACAUCAAUCAUACUCUAACAGCAGAAGAAUUUUAUGAUCUACUCGAUCCACAAUAGCUUAAAAUAUUUGCUACUAAUAUUGAGAAAUCUUUCAUCUAACAAUUUGAUAGACAAAAUCUGAAUAGAAUUCCAUUUGAAAUGUCUAGCUAUGAACCAUAAGAUAAUUGUUUUAUGCUCGAUCUAGGGCAUUACCCUUUAACACCUUUUCUAAAUCCAAAAGUUGCAAACGAGAAAAAUGAAAAUACAAAGUAGUUGAGAAAGUUUGAUUUUUUCUAUCCUCCUUAAGAUAGAGAUGAUCUCAUAGUAGUUUUACACAAAGAAUGUUCAUCUCAAUUCGCAUUGUCUGAUUAGAAUGAAGAGUCAUAACUCUUGACUUAUAAUAGCUUCGAUAAACAGAUAUUACAAGACAUAUUAACUUAAGGCAAGACCGGGCUUUCUAGGAAAGUGGAUAGAAUUCCAUUCAGCUAGUCCUUACUCUUAGGCAUUACCCUGAACUGA